AGAUUGCUUUCCAUUCAGCUUGAGAAAUAGAAACGGAAGUCUGCACCAGUACAAAUAUCAGAGAAAAACAAAAUACUGGUAACAAUGUUGCAACUACAUUUUUAUAAAGAUUCAUUACCAGACUCUGUGAGCAACGACUUUCAGAAUUUAAACAAAUUCAAUGAGCAGCAAUUUGUGCGACUUACAGAGAUACUCUAUAACUUCCUGCUGGAACCAAAAGAGACAGACAGGUUCCUGCAGGAGCUUAUUGAAUUUGCGGGAGCUAACAAGAUGAGUGCUGGUCCACUGAGAAACCUGAUGAAGAGUGUUCUCCUGGUUCCACAUGGAGCCCUCAAGAAGAAUCUGACAGCUGACCAGGUUAAAGAAGACCUCCUGACGUUAGGCUUAAAUGAAGAGAAAGCGUCUCAUUUUUCCCAGCAGUGGAGCGUCCACUAUGCUGUGCUGUCCAGGCUGGCCGUAGGACAGACCUUGAUGGUCAACCAGCUGGUGGACAUGGAGUGGAAGUUUGGAGUGACGGUUGGGACCAGUGAAAUCCAGAAGCUUGGCAACAUCUUUCUUCAGUUGAAGUUGGUCAUCAGGAAGGGGAACUCCACUGAAAAUGUCCACAUGGAGUUGACACUCCCACAGUUUUAUAACUUCCUUCAUGAGAUGGAGAGAGCUAAGGCCAGCAUGGACUGUUUCAGCUGAGCCUCAGCCCUGCUGUUGCAGCCCGCUGGAGUCCUGCAAGUGCUGGGAGGGCCUGGUCCAGGUCGAACUGGAGGCCCUAAUGACUUCUGUGGAGACCAUCAAUGUGUAAGCCUGGCCUAGGGCUUGAUUUGGGAUUGGUGCUACCACAAAGGACAGUCUUGAAGCUGCUCGCCCUGCCCUGUCCUUCCAGCCGACCUCGACGACAGUCCACAGACGUUCUAGAACACCUGGAACCUCAGAACUUUCCAGACUUUUAUUCCAUGUUUCCCUAAGUUCAAUGGUUGAGUUAUUUUAAUUAGUGACUUGUGAUAAAGAUCUGCUCAUGUUGCUUUUGAAACCAUUUACUAUAGAUUAUUAUGAAGAAAUGUUAGUUAAUUAUUAGUCACAUUUGCUGCCACUACUGCAUGCACGGCUAUCCUGAUUUCCCAUGGCCUUCGUCAUUUGUUACUCCUGCACAUUUAGCACAGUGAAAUCAAACUUGAUGUUCUAGUUACACUCAUCGACCAAAUAAAGUAUAUCUAUCAUGUU